CCUCCGCCGAGGCUCCUCCCCCUCCUCCUCUGGUCCCGCGCCGGCUCCUCUUCUCCUCCGUCUCCUCCACCGCCAUGGCCCUCCGCUUCCUCCGGGCUUCCUCCUCCGCUUCCUGGGCUUCCCUCAGCCGCUGCCCGCCCGCCUUCCUCCCGGCCUCGUCUUCUGCUCCGCGGAGACACUAUGCCGACCGGAGAAUCAAGGUGGCCAACCCGGUGGUGGAGAUGGACGGGGACGAGAUGACCCGCAUCAUCUGGGCCUUCAUCAAGGAGAAGCUUAUCCUGCCCAAUGUUGACGUCCAGCUGAAGUAUUUUGACCUGGGGCUGCCCCACCGCGACCAGACGGACGACCAGGUCACCAUCGACUCGGCCCUGGCCACCCAGAAGUACAGUGUGGCCGUCAAGUGUGCCACCAUCACCCCGGACGAGGCCAGGGUCGAAGAAUUCAAGCUGAAGAAGAUGUGGAAGAGCCCCAACGGCACCAUCAGGAACAUCCUGGGCGGGACGGUCUUCCGAGAGCCCAUCAUCUGCAAGAACAUCCCUCGCCUGGUCCCCGGGUGGACAAAGCCCAUCACCAUCGGCAGGCACGCCCACGGCGACCAGUACAAAGCCACCGACUUCGUGGUGGACAAGUCCGGGACCUUCAAGAUGGUCUUCACCCCGAAGGACGGCAGCGGCGCCAAGGAGUGGGAGGUCUACAACUUCCCCGGUGGAGGAGUCGGCAUGGGCAUGUACAACACGGACGAGUCCAUCUCGGGCUUUGCCCACAGCUGCUUCCAGUACGCCAUCCAGAAGAAGUGGCCUCUCUACUUGAGCACCAAGAACACCAUCCUCAAGGCCUACGACGGGCGCUUCAAGGACGUCUUCCAGGAGAUCUUUGAGAAGCAUUACAAGACCAAUUUUGACAAGCUCAAGAUCUGGUACGAGCACCGCCUCAUCGACGACAUGGUGGCCCAGGUGUUGAAGUCCACGGGGGGCUUCGUGUGGGCCUGCAAGAACUACGACGGGGACGUCCAGUCCGACAUCCUGGCCCAAGGGUUUGGCUCGCUCGGCCUCAUGACCUCCGUCCUCGUCUGCCCGGACGGCAAGACCAUUGAAGCCGAGGCUGCGCACGGCACCGUCACCCGCCACUACCGGGAGCACCAGAAGGGCAAUCCAACCAGCACCAACCCCAUCGCCAGCAUCUUUGCCUGGACGCGAGGGCUGGAGCACCGAGGCAAGCUGGACAGCAACCCAGACCUCAUCAAGUUUGCUCAGACUCUGGAGAAGGUCUGCGUUGAGACGGUGGAGAGCGGUGCAAUGACAAAGGACCUGGCCGGCUGCAUCCACGGACUCAGCAAUGUGAAACUGAACGAGCACUUUGUGAACACGACCGACUUCCUGGACGCCAUCAAGAACAACCUGGACAAAGCCCUGGGCAAGCAGUAAGAACAAGGAGCCCUCCGGAAGGCAGGCUGUCAUGGGAAGGGGCGGGAGGCCCAGCGUUGCCUCUUUUUAAAUGUGAACAAGCUCUGGCCCUUCGCACCCUCAGCCAGGGAAACCAGGGGCCUGGAGCUGUUUUUUUCUAUCUAAUGGCUGUUUUUAAAGGAAAACCCCACGGACACGGUCCACUUGAAGCUGCUGCGGCCGAGAGGGGAAAGCCCCGGACCCAGGCAGCAGCCACAGUGGGUUUUUGUGCUGUAAUUUGUGUACUGUGGUUUGGGCCUCACGGUGCCAAACGUGACGAUUAAAAUAUAGCUUCCAUACAUCGA